AGAGGACGAAGGCUGUAGAGGUCGCGUUUCCGGGGCUGAGAGAUUUCGUAUGGGUUGUUUCCUGCUUCGAGCAAUAACUGCUCCUUAAGGCAAGAUAGCUGCUGAUGGAGUCUGUCUGUAGUACUACAGGGGAACCAAAACUCAGACAUGUAGAAAAGGAUAUUUUGAUUCCAAAAAUAAUGAAAGCCAAAGCCAAGGAGCUGUGUUCUGAACAAGUGAAAGACUUUACAAAAUGUUGCAAAGACACAGGUUUUCUUAUGGUGGUAAAAUGCCAAAAGGAAAACAAACUCCUGAAAGAAUGUCUCACCGGCUACUAUAGUGAUCCAGCAUUUUAUGAAGAAUGCAAGGCUGAAUAUUUGAAAACCAGGGAAGAACACAGGGCAGCACAAGGUGUUCCUCAUCAGAAACAUUCUACUAGCACCUAGGCAAGUUGUAUGGCUGACAUUUGAAACUUGAACUUAUGUAGGCACAGCAACUUCUUUCUGACUUCCUUAGUCUAAAUCUCUCAAAAUAAAUGAAAUUAAUAUACAGAAAUCCUGAAGAACAUGCCUAUGCUAAAAAAGCUAAUAGAAUCUGGCUAUUCAAUUUAGUAACUCAGUAGUAAUUCCUCAGUUCAUUUAAACAUGCAGCUGAUUCACAACACAUUCAAUCAUUGUAUAUACCUAUUUUUCAGGACACCGCAAAAUAAAUCUCCAUCUUUUGUUCUUAUUUAUUUGGAUAAUAUAAAUUUUACAAUAUUUAAAAUAUGACAAAAUGGAGUUCUUUGGGAAGGAAAGAUUGUGUGCUGAUUUCCCAAUGGUUCUUUUUAAUGUUAAUGUCGUUCCAUUUUUUACUCUAACACAGGUGAACUAUUUGGUUGUACAUGAUAUGUACAAUAUCUGCAAGUAACAGAGCAGAGGUCCUUUGCGAGAUUUCUUUAUUCUCUAAUUACCUAAUAAGGUUUGGUUUGCCAAGUGAAUACCCCCCAGAGAAUCUGAACUGACAGAUCUUUGAGAGAAACUCCACACAAAAUUUUAAAGUAGAAUUGCUUGAGAAGAAGAGUUCCUACAGAUUGCCACCUGAUCUGUGUUAAGAUACAUGAAGAAUAUAAUCCUCAUUUUGAAGUCCGAAGCCCCUCUAAUAAUCACUGAAUUUAAGAAGGCUGCUAGAAAGCAUUUAAGAAGGGAAAUAGAUGGUUCAAGAAACAACAGAAUGCAGUUUAGUGAUGUUGAAAGUUACAACAGCACUGAAAAGUGACUUAUGACUGUUUUUCACACUUAUAACGUUAUAACAUAACAUUACAGUAUUUGCAUGGUUACAUAAUCAAAAUUCAUACACUUGGCAACUGACUCAUAUUUGUGACAGUUACAAUGUACCAGUGUCGUGUGAUCAUCUUUUCCAAACCUGACAAUUAGUCAAUGGGAAAGUCAAAUUCACUUCACAACCAUGUUACUAAUUUAACAACAGUAGUGAUUCACUUAAUAACUGUGGCAAGAAAGUUAGUAAAAUAGAACUGUCUCACUAGCAACAGAAAUUUUGGGCUCAAUUGUUGUCAUAAAUCAAGGACUACCUAUAUAAAUUGCUUGUUAAAUAUGAAAAUGAGCCAUUCUGCUAAUCUUUCUGUUAUAUGCAUCAGUAAAUUAGAUCUCUUACCAAGAAAACAUGUACAACUAGGCAGGACUAACACAGUUCAGACUGCAUCCUUAUUGUAACUGUAAGUGUAUUGGUACUUUGGCUGAUUAGUGUAAGUUACAUGUGGAGUAAUGGGCUAUUGAAUAUCAAAUUGUGUUUAGUUUUUAAGGCUCUACUGCUCUUAUUUCAGGCAUUUGUGUAGAUGGAAAACAGGUUUCUCAUUGAUUUUUGCAGUGGGGAUUGUCACCUUAUCUUCUAAUCCCUGGUUGGUUAAACUGUAACAAGAAACCUGGGCCUGUGCUUUUGUUACUUUGCAUAAAGAUUCUAAAAUAUUCUUCCAAGCAACACCUGUUUCAAAAUAGUAGAAGCCUAGUCUACAGUCUUCCUUAUGCUCAGAAUUUCAAUACAUUCUGAAUAAGGACAUUUUUUCCCAGAGUGCUCUAUCAUUGGAUACUUUUUAAUAGUUUUAUUCCUAUAUUUUCUCAUCUCAAUCAGAACAAGUACUCAUUUUCAAAACAAAAGAAUAAUUGUGAAAGAAUCCCAUGACAUUCCAGGUAUUAUUAGACUAUAAUUUCCAUUAUAACUGACCACCAGUUAUGCUAGGUUUAGUGGGAAAACAAUUUCCUUACAGGAAUGAUAUAAAAAUAAAUAAUAAAAGCAAAGAGACAGCUACAAAUUCCACUAUCUCUGGUUAUAAAUGCUGGAAAUUUCAGAAAAUGUAAUAUUACCUUUGCAUUUUAAUCAAAGAAUCACUAAGAGCUCAUAGGUUUCUUAGCCAUAUACUAUAAUUCAUUGUUUGUGCAAUAUUUCCCAAUGUUAUUUUUGUGGUAUCGUUAAAUUUAGGGAAAUAAAUUUUGAUCCAUUUGAUCCACUUGAAUUUGUGAGAAGAUUUAAAAUACAAUAUUUGAAGAGUGAAGACAGUGUCAACAUCACUUUACAUCUGAUAUUCAUCAAUUCUACCUUCAAAAUCUACAGUAUUGUGGUGUUAAGAUAUGAUUUCUUGAGUUAUAUCUGAGAUGCAAAGAAAUAGAACUGAAUGUCCUAUCAAAGAAUCCAGAUAAAAUAGGUGAUGUGGAAAGCCGAGACAAAAGUGUGUAACAGAAUGACCUUUAUAAUGUGGGGGUGAGCUUUGUAAUCUGGGGCUAUUUUAAUAACAUCGAAUUAAAAAUGUGUCUCUAUUUAACUACUUAUGCAACCCUUUUCAAAUAUAUGAUAAAAAUGCUUCUCAGGGAAUUGGUUCUCAUCCAAAAUAUAUGAAAAUAAAUCUUCAUAAAUUUUA